AUGACCUCGAGCCUGGCUCUAUUCCCUCGAUCGACGUUCUCUCUGUGCCAAUCCGCACCAUCCAUGCUGCGCGGCCUCGCCAUUCGCUCCACCACCUGUCCACCUACCGACAACGCGGGUAAUCGGCUGAGCUUCACGAGUAGCAGCACAGGCGAUGAGCCUGUCACACAGAGAUGCACCUACGCCGGCAAUGGAGGGACUUGUAUCUAUAUUAACGGCCAAUUGGCCCCCGGACCCCCAACAUGUCCUUUUGUGGAGGACAGUGGAGGUGGCACGAACCCGGCGCCGCCCACCACAGUACCUCCGCAAGCCUCGACAGAGCAGCAUACUCCCAGUCUCACAAGUGACAUUCCCCUCACAGCGCCGACUGGCCAGCCUAGCUCCACAUCUGUUUCUCGGGAGGCUGACUCGGCAGACCACGGAAUCGUGAGUAGAACUUCGACUCAAGAUGCAGCAAGCGAUAUCUCCCUCGCAAUGCCGACCAGUCGGUCUUCUUCUCUGAUCCGGUCAUCAGAAGCAACUCCACCUUCGAGCAUGACGCUGAACAAACCCACCAGCCACGGCGGUUCCACAUCGUCAGCGAGACCUUUAUCUUCCAGGCGCCUUGCCCCAGCUGCCGUUGUCGGCAUCGCUAUUGGUGUUGUCCUGCUCAUCGCUCUUGCUUUCCUGAUCGUCUUCCGCGUCAUUCGCUGGAAACGAAGGCGUGCAUUGGCCACUGCUGUAUCGCCGUUCACCGAGGUUGCACCGCCGUCCGACGGAGCGGUCUCGCGGAAGGCUUUCCGUCCCAUAUCGCUAUCUGCCAAUCCACCAGUUGACAGCAGCGGCGAACAAACGUCGAUGGAGGGUCCAGACAGGCAUCGAGCAGAGAAUGACGCACUACGUGAGCGUGUCAGGGAAUUAGAGCAUGAGCUGGAGUAUGCGAGGGAGGAACCACCAAUGUACACCGUGGCGCCGAGAGACUAG